UUUCUUUUCUUUCUAAUCCAAACUAAUAUUCAAAUUACUUUCACAAGGGGGCACUUGCUGCACUUUAGGAAGUAAAGUUUGGUUCUUUAAGCCUUUUAAUGCUGGAAAUAUGUGUCAUCAUAAUGCAACAAUGAAUAAGACAUCAAUUUAUUUAUGGCAUGUUAAGUGAUAUUAUCACUAUGUGUGCCCCCCCGCCCCCUCCCCACUCUGUAAUCAUCAUCUCAAACCAAUCAAGACAGUCAAGAACUGCAGCUACAAAGACACAGAAAAUGCUUUUCUUUUACCUGAAAGCUCCCUGCUCUCGUUAAACAUUAAUCAGUCACAUAUUUUGACAUGUCCCAUAAAAAAUUAAUAAAAACGGAAUAUAUUUGCUUUGUUUCAAUCCAGAUCAGUCAGUAAAUGUGUAAAAAGAGAUCUGGUUAAACUGGGCUUUAUAUGGAUCUGUUCUGCACCUUUCCUUAUAUUGUUGUGUAUCUGCGUGUGGUGAAAGUGUCAGCUUUUUUAAAAAAAAAAAUACUGAAAUGGAACAAGUUUACAGAAAGUUGUCUUGCACGCCAGAAUAGAAGAAAGAGGGACAGGAGUGCAGCAUGUUGCGUCUGGUCUAUACAGAGGUAAUGAAGUGAAUUGCGUCAGUGGCGCAUGCAGGGCAGCCUUGAAAAACGUCUCAUCUGGCCAGACGGAUGAAAGUAGAGGCGCACUGUGGGGAGAGAGGAAAAAGUUCUCAACAAGGAGAGGCAGGACUACUCUUACGGUGCCCCUGCAGUCUCACUUUUUAUGCCUCUAAUAGACUUUCCCUGCCAUCCUUUUGCGUUUUUGCUCUACAACACUGCUUUUACGUUUCCGAGAGAAAAAUCCUACUUUUUUACUUAAGUGAAAGCACCAGCACCAUGGAGCUGCUCUGCCUCGAAAUGGACACCAUCAUACGAGCUCGUCCCGAUCCGAACCUCCUGUGCGAUGACAGAGUCCUGCAGAGCUUGUUGACCAUAGAGGAGCGAUUUCUACCACAAUAUUCCUAUUUCAAAGGCGUCCAGAAAGAUAUUCAGCCGUUUAUGAGGAGGAUGGUCGCUACUUGGAUGUUGGAGGUUUGUGAGGAACAGAAGUGCGAGGAAGAAGUUUUUCCCUUGGCCAUGAACUACUUAGACAGAUUUUUAGCCGUGGUACCCACCAAAAAGUGUAACCUGCAGCUGCUGGGAGCAGUCUGCAUGUUUCUUGCAUCCAAAUUGAAAGAGACUCGUCCAUUAACUGCAGAGAAGCUUUGCAUCUACACAGAUAACUCCAUCAGACCACAAGAGCUGCUGGAAUGGGAACUGGUGGUGUUGGGGAAGUUGAAGUGGAACUUGGCAGCAGUGACGCCGAACGACUUCAUUGAGCACAUUGUGAAGAGGCUGCCGCUGCCUGAGGAUAAGCUGGCACUUAUACGCAAACAUGUCCAGACCUUCAUCGCCCUUUGUGCCACAGAUUUCAGAUUCGCCAUGUACCCUCCCUCCAUGAUUGCCACAGGAAGUGUGGGGGCAGCGAUCUGUGGCCUACAGCUGGAUUCAGCUGACCAGUCACAGUGGGGCGACAGUCUGACAGACCUGCUGGCCAAAAUUACAAACACAGAAGUGGAUGUUCUCAAAGAGUGUCAGGAGCAGAUUGAGCGUGUGUUGGUCAGCAGCUUGCGCGAGGGGCGGCAGCAGCAACAGCAGCAGCAGCAGACACAGAGAGGCCCCAGCGGCAAAGGUCUGGACGAGCUGGAUCAGUCCUCCACCCCAACAGACGUCCGAGAUGUCAACUUGUGAACGAACCACCAGAGGGCAUCGUUGCACAGGAUUUACAAAAAAAAGCAUCAUGAAAAAAACCUCAAUUUUCUUAAAAACAGAAAAAAAGAACAAAAGAACAAAAAAUGUUAAAAACACAAGCCCUUUAAAAGAAAAAAGAACAAUGCUUGCUAGUUUUUUUGUAGAUUUUCUGUUCUUCAAGUCAAAAACACCUGCCCACAAAAUAGAUUUUCUAUGAUGUUCUAGUCUAAAAGCAACAAAUUUGAUUCAAGAUGAAGCUCUGUGGUGCCUUGGAUAUACAGAAGGGAAGCCAAUCAUAUUUGCAUUCUGCCUUUGAUUGUAUAGUAUGAUCUUUAAGUUAUAUUUUAACCAUAGCUUGAUAAUGAGGCUGUCAUGGUAGAAGUUGUGGAAACCAUUCAGAAAUUGCAUACAUGGGAUCGCAGUGGAGCUUAAGCGUUUUUUUUCCCCUGUUUUGUUUUAUAUGAGUAUUAUCACUAUUACAUUUGUGGAUGGUGUGGGAGAGGAGGCGUGUUGUAGCUCCUCUAUCAUGAGAACAUCCACAUGUGUCUCGAGCGUGAAACAGACAGAGGAACCUGUGAGAACAUUAUGCGAAAAGUUGGUGUGUCCCAAUUCCAAGGGAUAGAUGGGAUUGUAAUAAAUAUUAGUGGUAUUAGUAAUUAUUAUUAUUAUUAAUAUUAUUAUUGGACAUAUUUUGGAACUGAGUAGUAGAGAUCAAUAAGCUCCUUUUUUCAGGCUGCUUGUGUGUGUCAGUUUGUAGGUGCAGUGUGCAAGCGUGUGCGUGUUUGUACGUGAAUGUGCCAGUUUGCAUACGUGCCGGUGUGUGUGUGUGUGCGUCUACGUGUUGGUGUGUGUGCGUGCAGCGUGAGUGCUACAUGUGAUCCUGUAUCUAUAUUAGCAUUGUGCAUCCUACGGCGUGAGGCACUUAAGCAAAGUCAAGUCGUAGACUUACAGUUCUGUGUUAAAAGACUAUGGAGCAAGCCGAGGCUACACAUACUUUGUCCAUCAGUAUAACAGGGCAUCUAUGCUAUAUCACUGCCUUCAUGCAUUAACAGUGUAUCAUGGUUCAUUGUUGGCCAACAAUAAACUCAUGUGCAUGGACUAUAAGUGAGACAGAAAAAGGUUUAGCGAAGGAGGAUAUGGGCGAAGGGACUUUCACUUAGAGCCCCUUAUCUUUCUGAUUUUUCCUGAGGCGUCUCACCUCAGACUCAGAGGUCAUGUGAGGUGUUUGUCUAUUACUGCCAUUCUGUUAAUGAAAUAUUACAGAUACUUCAUUCUUUGUCACGUUGUUACAAUAUGGUGUUUCCUUAGUUGUGAAAGGCUGCUUUGGGUCUGGGCAGAGGCGUGAUGACCUCUCGCAUGUGUGGCACAUGUGAAAACAGGAGAGGACAAUGUCAUGAAGAAAGUAAUGCUUUUUAAAGUCUGGGGGAUGUCAGACUCCUCUGUGUUAAUUAGCAGGGAGGGAACAGGUUGUGGCAUGGAAAGAAUUAGAAAGGACAGGGACAGUUUGCAACUAAGAAGUCACUGUGGAACUGUGGAGAGCACGUGAGUGCACGGCACAGGGCGGUAGGACAGGGAGGAUUUUUUAGAGGUGCAGGAGCAUGCUGCUGUGUAGGAGAUGUGGAUGAUGUACAGCUAGUGGCUGGAAGAUGAUAAUGAACAAAAGAAGCCGAAAGGCCUCACAGUAAAACUCUGAUACCUGCAUAUUUGGGUGGAAUCAACUUUAAUAUCUCGUAAUUUAUGUCUACAAUGACACAGCUAAGUGAGCAGAUAUGCUGUACACUGUACAGACUGUACACUGCCAGAUCAUGUGAGGAUGAAUUGUCUUGAGGGGGGGGGGGGGGGGGCGGGGGUUAGAGGAGUACAGGAUGAUAAAAUACUGUCAAUGCAUCUAGAGUCCCACAUAGGGUUGUUUUCAGCUCCCCUAUAUGAUUUCAAUGGCAAAGCACUUUGAGAACAUGCUCCCCAGGAGAUAAGUAAAAUGAAAUGCGUCGGGUGGCGAUUGGAGGUGAAUGGAUGUUUUCUUUUUUCCUUGUUAGCCUUUUCUUUGGUUUACUUUGUAGGGCUGGUUUCCCAAUCGUCAGAUAUACCCUUGUCAAGCAAGAGUCAAAUUAAAAUGGCUUUCCACGAGUUAUGACGAGAGGACAUUCCAAUCCCAAAAAAAAAAAAAAAAACAUUCCUACCCAAGCCAA